AUGGCCGGAGGACAGGCGCCAACCCGGUUGCAGGUGGCUUUCGAGGAGGUGGCCGUCUAUUUCUGUGAGGAGGAGUGGAGGGCGCUGUCAGCGAGGCAGCAGCAGCUUUACAAGGAUGUGAUGAGGGACAACUACAUGGCCCUGCGCUCUCUAGGUUGGGCUGAGACCAAGCCAGAUCUCGUGUUCCAGAUUGAGCGAGGGGAAGAGCCGUGGGCCCGGGCUGCCCUGAGCUCAAGGGCAGGAGCAAACUGGAAAUGCUUCCCUCCAGACGCCGAGCCCACCGCCUUGCUCGCAUUCUCCUCAACCUCAUUGGAGCCCUCCUCUGAUGAUCCAUUUCUACCGGGCUUCCUCCAGCCGUCACACACUCCUUCCCGCUGUCCGUGGGCCCGGGAGGCAGAGCUGCAGUACGAAGAAGAGCGAGGAAGCGCCAACAAGGAGGCAGAAGAAGAGAACCUCCCCUUGGGUAGGGCCGUUCAGGAUGGGACAGGGCCCAGAAGCAAGGACACUGGGGACAGGGUCUCUUUGUCUGGAGCUUCCUGGGCUAGAUCCCCAGCUGCGGAGCGGGACGAGCCCUUGGUUCAUGGCCCAGGCGGCUCCUCGGGGUCCUGUGGAGGGCUUGGAGUGGACUUGACCCAUGAGCCGGCCCUCCAGAGAGCAGAGGGCCCAGAACUUCCAGCGCUCCAGCGGCAGGCUCAGAGCCUGAAGGAGAAUAUCGGCAGCAUCGUCCAGGAGCUGAGGACGGCAAGACUUCACCUGGCUAGCAUAGGGAAUGCCCUGCUGGUAUGUUCUUCCCAGUUCCUCUCCCGUCCUACAAAUGCUCCGGACCCGUAAGUAGGUCUGCCCUGCCCGCUGUCUGUGGAGACUAGGGCUACAGAACAGGUGGGAGCUGAAAACCUUGGCUAAAA